CGUACUGCUAGUCUGCUACUGCACAUUCUGAUAAAACUCCGAGUCUUCUUACACACACAAAGUAGUCCUCCCUUUUUAUCUUCCCCAUCCCUCUGUCUCUCCAAUCUCCACCCCUUUUAAAUACUUCUCCUGAGAAAGAGGGAGUGAUUAUAUAUAUAAGUAUAUAACCUCUCUAUCCAGCCAUGGAAAUUGACCAAUUCAAGCCUGCAACUACAGCAGAACAGAUGGAGAUGAUGUUGAUGAGUAUGGACAACAAGCUCCCCGAUUUCUACGAGCCUAACUACCACGACGUCGUUUCAUCUGUUCCAUCUCAUAAUGAUGAGUUCACUACUAAUGUCACCAACACAAUAAGUGCAGUCCCACCACAUUUUCUUCAAAACCCACCUUCUUUUGCUAGCUUACCAAAUAGUACAAUCUCAUUCUCUUGUUGGGGUGGUGGAGAACUAUCUGAUGAUCAUUCGAAUAAGAAGAAUUCGAUGGCGGCGAUGAGGGAUAUGAUAUUCCGGAUGGCAGCAAUGCAGCCGAUUCACAUAGACCCUGAAGCAGUGAAGCCGCCCAAGCGGAAGAACGUGAAGAUAUCAAAGGAUCCGCAGAGCGUGGCUGCUCGUCACAGGAGGGAAAGGAUAAGUGAAAGGAUAAGGAUACUUCAGAGAUUAGUCCCUGGAGGGACUAAGAUGGACACUGCUUCUAUGUUGGAUGAAGCUAUUCAUUAUGUCAAGUUCUUGAAGAAUCAAGUGCAGUCCCUUGAGAGAUCAGCUUCUGUUAAUAAUAAGAGGUCAAUAACUAGUAAUAAUUCAGUAACUGCAGGGAUAGGGUUCCCUGUGGCAAUGUCUAAUGGAAGAAGCUAUGUUAAUCCUCUAGGGUAUAACAAGCCAUUUCAUCAUCAACCUCCUCCGCCUGAUCAUCCUCAUCAAGGUCUUCAUUAUUAUGGAGCUGCUUAAUUAGUUGAUUAACUCAUGGGAUUGCAUUUUUAGAAUGACCAUGCGUAUGUUGAUUAGCUUAAUGUGGGCAUUGUACGUGUUGCAAUUAAUUACAGGAUGAUGAUUAGCAUCUAUUUUAUCUUACAUGUGUUUUUGUUUUUUGCCUUAAUUUUUUGCGGUUUUUUUUAUGAGUGGCUAUGGAAUUCUCGUAAUUGUGUCACUGGCCAGAGAAUGAAAAGCUUGUAGGCCAUUGAUUGUGUGUAAUUGUAGACAAGAGAGAGCGAGAGGA